CCCUCCCAGCACACGGUAGCAUUACAUAACGUUUUUAUGUAAGUCUCUCCGUCAGUGCUGGCAGAGAGCAGCGCACGGUGCAACAGAGAAGCUCCAUCUUUCUAUCCGCAGCACGAGUCCGCGAUGUCUCCGGGAAUAAGCGAAGAGCCUAAGAAAUGCACCACACAGAGGACAGGCCUGGAGACCAUCGCCCCAUUAGUCCAGUCAGUUGAGGAGACCUCUGCGCCCAUCUCCACUGAGGUACAGGGCACCAUCCCCACAUGGAUCAAUGGAAAGCUGCUGCGUAAUGGCCCGGGGAAGUUUGAGUUUGGAAACACUCACUAUAACCACUGGUUUGAUGGGAUGGCAAUGCUGCACCAAUACAACAUCCAAAAUGGUCAGGUGACCUACAUGAGCCGCUUCCUCCAAAGUGACGCCUUUAAGAAGAACAGUGAGAAAGACCGCAUUGUGAUGUCUGAGUUUGGGACUCUGGCCAUGCCCGACCCAUGUAAAAACUUCUUCCAGAGGUUUCUUUCUAGAUUUGAGAUGAUAGAACCCACAGACAAUGCCAGUGUGAACUUUGUCACGUACAAGGGUGAUUACUAUGUCAGCACAGAGACCAACUUCAUGCACAGAGUCAACCCGGAAAACCUUGACACAGUGGAGAAGGUGGACUGGAGCAAGUUCAUCGCUGUAAAUGGAGCCACUGCCCAUCCGCACUAUGAUCCAGAUGGCACUGCUUAUAACAUGGGCAACUCCUACGGCAGUAAGGGAGCUCUGUACAACAUAAUCUGUGUACCCCCUGAGAAAAAAGAUGCAACAGACACUCUGCAGGGAGCUAAAGUCCUCUGCUCCAUCGUCCCUGCAAACAAGGCCCAUCCCUCGUACUACCACAGCUUUGCUAUGUCGGAAAACUAUGUGGUUUUUAUUGAACAACCAAUUAAAAUGGAUCUACUGAAGAUUGUCACAUGCAAACUCAGAGGAAGGGCCCUUGGUGAAGGCAUCUACUGGGAUCCUAAAAUGGACACUGUGUUCCACUUAGUGAAUAAGAAAACAGGAGAGGUGAGUCCAGUGAAGUAUUACACCAAAGCCAUAUCCACCUUCCACCAGAUCAAUGCGUUUGAGGAGGAUGGCUUCCUGAUGGUUGACCUGUGCUGUGCAGAUGAUGGUGAUGCCAUUAACAACUAUCUCAUCCAGAACCUACGCAAGUCAGGAGAAGCACUAGACCAGGUGUAUAAUACAUUGUGCAGGCCUUUCCCUCGACGCUUUGUGCUGCCUCUGAACGUGACCAAUGACACAGUGACAGGACAGAACCUUAACACACGGCCCAACAGUGAGGCCACCUGUGUGAAAGUUAGCAAAGAUAAGGUGUUCUGUCAACAUGAGGAUCUCCAUGGAGACGACCUAAUGAACUAUGGUGGCCUGGAAUUCCCUCAGAUCAACUAUCGCAGAUGCAACACCAAACCAUACCGCUACUACUACGGCUGUGGAUUCAGACAUCUGGUGGGAGACUCACUCAUCAAGAUGGAUCUGAGCAACAAAACAUUAAAGGUGUGGCACCAGCAGGGCUUUUACCCGUCAGAGCCAGUGUUUGUGUCUGCUCCCGAUGCCACGGAGGAAGACGAUGGAGUAAUACUAUCCGUCAUCCUCACCCCCUCACAAGAUAAAGGGACAUUCCUCCUUGUUCUCAAUGCCAAAACGUUUGAGGAGCUGGGAAGAGCUAAUGUUCCUGUGAACAUUCCCUAUGGGUUUCAUGGUGCCUUCAGUGCCUCUGCAUAACUCUGUAUAACCUGUACUAGCAUAAACCACUAAUGCCUUUUUUAACCACUACUAUAUCUUAUUCAAAAAAUUAAGCCAGUAUUCUGUUAUAUUACAACAAAGAGCUUGUCAAUAAACUAGAUUCUUGUGAAAAAACAAUCAAUACAACAAAAGGGAAAAAGGAAAACAACCCAUAAUAUAUAACAUAUGUAUUCUUAGAUUUUGUAAGAGCUAUUUCAAGCAUGUUUUAUAUGGGGGUUAACUCAGACUUUCACAAAAUUCUACUUAAUUGAGAGGCGAGUUGAAUUAUUUUUUUACUGUAUUGUAUUUGUAUUUAUAAAUACAAUGCAACAUUCAUUUAUUAAUAUUUGCUCAGUGGCAUUUAAGUUACUUACUAUAUGUUAAUGACAACAUAUUUUGUUUUUAAUUCCAACUUGUAUCAAUG